AAAUCAUGUCAUACAAGCAAAUUCAAACAUUUUAAUUAUUUUUGAAUAACCGAAAUAUCUGAAAAUGGUUCUCGAUCCGGAUAUAAGAAAGUACCAUGAACCGUCCUACGGCAAAAAGUUCCCCAUGCCCGACGUGGAGCGCAUCGGCAUAUUCGCCGAGAUGCCCUACAUGCACGGGGAACAAUAUGUGCCGAUUUACUCUCCACCUUGCCACUUCACGGGGACGAAUUUCAUCGGCAUAGGUCCGAAAAUAAAGGCCGGUCUAGCGGACUGCUACUUCGAUAAGGAAUACAAAAGAAUAUUCGAAGGCGAAGCGAUCAAGAAGAACAAGCUGAAGAAGCUUCUCCCGUUUCAAAUCGUCAAAAUCACGCCUAUUUUGGUACCGGGCCCGACCAAAUGGCAUUCGACGCCCGGAGAUUGGUACGGGUGUUUCAGCGAUUUCCCUUACAUGAGCUUCAAAGCGAAGAAAACAAAGAGGCUUCCGCCCGAAAAGAAAAACUUCCUCACUAAACCGGGUAGAAAGGGCAACAGCGGCUACGCCAACAUAUGCAUGAACCCUUACCCCAAACACUCCGAGGACAAAUACGGCGAUAAGGGAAGGUGGAAGGUCUACGGGAAGAAAGUAAACGGUCCGAUGGUCACUAACGUCUAUCCGCAACCGUACUUCGAUAGCAAUCCUUACAAAUUACCCUCCGACAUUCCGUUCGGCAAGACUUACAUCAAACCGGCGAAAACUGAGCCACCUUUCUUAGGUCCCGGCAUCAUCAAGCCCAUCGGGCCCGGCAAGGAACUGGCCGGCUGCAAAUGCGGCGGCUUCAGCAAAUACCCCGCUCACAGCACCGACAAACACUUUACCGUGUGGGACUUGAAUAGGCCCAAGAAACUAGUGGGAACCAAAUGGAACGCGCACGCCACUGGUUUCAAGACGCUCUACUUCCAAUCCAUCGUCGGCAAGAACGUUACGUUUAGGUUAAACGAAAGAACGUUGACCACUUACGAACCGACGUACACGAAGUACUUAUGGGAUUGAAUUUAUAAUUUUUUUAAAAAAUUACUCGAAUAUUCAGAAACCAGUGUAUAGUUUAAUGUUUGUAGGUAAUUUUUGCCUUUUAAAAUCAAAUUCUGC